AUGUCUUCCGGCGGCCGCCUCCACAUCCCCUUCCCGCGCACCUUCCUCUCUCUCAACACUCCCAUCAAGCAGUCCACCGUCGGUGGUCCCUCAGAGCCUACCGCGGCCCCCGAGCCCCAGCAGUCUGGUCACCCAUUUCUUUCCAACCUCACCAACCGACCUGCCGGUCACCGCCACGCCUCAGUCUCGUCCGUCAGCAGCGUGGAUAGCAUUACCAGUCCGGCACCUGCUCCCGCCAGCGAGCCUUCCGCUUCACCAGUCCUUAAGCCGACGCUUCCAGCUUUUCUGUCGCUUAACGCAAAGUAUGCGGCUCCCCCGAAGACUGUUGCGGCCCUGAACGACGUCGAGCCCCACGGCUUCCUUUCCAACAAGCACUAG